GCUUCGGCUCUUUUUCCCAGAAAUCUAGUUGAGAAAUUCCAGCUCGAAGCUCUAGCUAAGUGAAAACUUUCGCAGUCGCAGAGAGAGAGAGAGAGAUGCAUCUAUGGCCUUCUCUGAGAAUAAGGGACUCUUUCAAGAUCGCGUAUCUGAAAAAGCUGGAGUGGAACCUUCACAGAAUGAAAAGCGAGAAGCAGCGGUCUCAGCAAAGCGGCGGCAACCAGGAUAAGCUCUUGGAUGAUGGGGGAGUUUCAGAAGAGACAUCCUUUUCAAAGAAUUUUUUCUUAGAAAAAGCUGCUCUAGUUUGCAGAGAAACUCUCAUGGUCCUCACUUGCUGUUACUGUUGUUUCUGUUGUGGAGCUUGUGUCGAUCAAGAUGAGGGUUGAUACUUUAUUUGGCAGGCCUUUUGAUCACUGAAUCUAUCCCUGUAAUGAGAAAAUUGGAGGAGGGGAAAAAUGAGCAGCAAACUUCUGUACAGAUUUGGUAUAAAUGUGAUAGCCAUUUGACUUAAAUUGUCACAUAAACAGUUUUACUGCAUUUCAUUCUUAUGUGAAACAGGUGCAGAUUUGUCGUCAAUAUAUUUUUAUCUUGCCUUAGCA